AUGCCUAACGUCGGGAAGCCAUCCAAGGGAUGCAAGAAUUGUAGAGGUAGGAAGGUGAAGUGUGACCAGAAGCGGCCAUCAUGCGGGCAGUGUUUGAGAAUUGGCAAGGAAUGCCAUGGGUACCGGGACCCGCUCCAAAUGAUGUUCAAGAACGAGAGCGAUGUGGUUGCUCGAAAGGCGAACAUGCGGUACCAAGAGCUAUCAAAAGGAAAGAGUCCAAUAUCUUCCCGUUGGAAGAGAUCUCACACUUCAGACAACGACUCCACGAGCUCCGGCGCAAGCCCUGCUUCAUCCACCACUUCAAAUCACCAAUUUGCGCUGAGGACAGGGCCUUCGGCGCACAAGAAAUCGAUGACACGGGAGCUGAUGCCGCCGCUCGAAGAUCAAGCAGUUGGGUUUUUUUUCUCUAAUUAUGUGCUGACGCCAACGCUUGUACCAAGAGGCCAGUUUGACUAUCUUCACGAGCUAGUGAAUCAGCAUGGAGCAGAAAAGAUACUACAAACUGCAGUCACCGCUGCUGGACUAGCGGGACUCGGGAAUGCUACGAAAUGCCCUCAUAUCUCGAAGAAAGCAAGGGAGGAGUAUGUGACGGCCUUACGUAUGACAAACAAAGCACUCACGUUACAAGAGACGGCGACCAAAGACAGCACACUCAUAUCAGUUCUCAUGCUUGGCAUGUACGAGAACUUCACGUUUCAAACUAAAGAUUCCCAAAAGGCAUGGACGGAGCACAUCAACGGGGCAACUACCCUAAUCAACCUCCGCGGAAUUAAGCAAUUCUAUCAAAGCGUUAGCCGGCGCAUAUUCCAACAGUUCUAUGGCACCGCCCUCCUGACUUGCUUGCAGAACAGAGUAGCGGUUCCGACAGGCAUGACUGAACUCUGGGAAGCCGGAACCCAAAUCAACGACUACAGCAUUCCCGGAAAAGAAUGGACUACGUGCAUGAUCCGUUUCAUGCUGCGUGUCAUUAAUCUCAGUGGGGAUUCAGACAGCGAUCCCGCAUCAAUGGUUGCUUCAGCGACCAAGCUCGAUCGCGAACUCGACACUCUCAAAGCGCUGAUACCGAAUAUCUGGAAAUACGAAACCGUGGUCCUUGAAGAACCUCUGGAAUCCGUGCACAGUGGCUUUUAUCAUAUCUAUCUAGACCCCUGGAUCAUACAGAUGUGGAACCAUCUUCGAUCCGUUCGGCUAAACCUACACAAGUUGAUCCGAGAACAACUCCUCAAAAGCUUGGAUCAAGCUCCCACCUUCUUCGAUACCCACGAAACGGGAGCACAGAUUCUCAUUUCGGAGCAAGUCAUGCGAACCGCCGCAAUGGGCAUUUGUGCCACUGUGCCGCAGGUAACUGGACAAAUACCAUUUCCGGUCCCUUCAGCCACCACAGCGGUAUAUGCGGACUCCGCGAAAAGUUCAGAUUUGUUCGAUAUUGAGGACCCCAGAUUCAAGAUUCACCCUCCUGGAACGUUCCUUAAUCCAUCGCGGCCAACAGGUAUGGCAUACCUGAUCUGGCCACUGUAUGCUGCGGGAGUAAUGGAUCUCUGCUCUGAGGGUAUGAGAGACUGGGUCAUUGAUCGACUCUUCUACUUAGGCCUGAAGAUUGGGACAAGACAGGCUGUGGUGUUUGCAGAGGAGCUAAGAGAG